AUGCUGGUGGAGAAAAGGGACGAUAUUCUGGAUCUGAGAGCUAUUCGAUGCCAUUCGAGUGUAAGCGAAGUGAUCGCACCUAUACUCUCAAUAGUCUAUAUAAUAGCAAACAGUAUCAAACGGUUCACUGUUUACCUAUCGCUUCCCUGGCCUAAUGGUCAGCCGCCCUUCUCAGCCCUCAACGCCUACGUGGUGUUCAUCGGGUCGGGUGUAGUAAUGCUGCCAUUCUUUGUGGUCGUGGCGAUGAUGAAAGUCGGCAAUUACUCCAAUGAUGGACACAAAUUAGGAAAUCCACGCAAAUCUUAUGACACGUCUGUUCACAACAUCUAUCAAAAUAUCAAAACAUCUGCGAAAGAAAUGCGAAGAAAACGAAGAUUUCAUGCCUUGAAACUCAUUUGGAGACAUUGCCUCCCAAUCGCACCAUUCCUUCAUUUGUUGGCAUCCAUUUGUUUUCUCAUUCCUCGCGUUUUAAUGGAAGCACAACUCAUUAAACAUGGAUUUCUAGGAAAAGUGUGUGGUCUUCUGAGACACACGACAUCUCACUUCAGACCUCAUUUGUAA